GCUUCUCCAGCCGAUGGGCCCCGCUGCGAGGAUUUGGGCUUGCUCGUCUCUCCUUGGCCUCGUCCUGUUCUGGAACGUCCUGUUCCUCUUCAAGCUGUCUGACCACCCCAGAGUGUCUCCCCAGCUCAACGCCACCUUGACCCUCCUGAUCUGGAGCUGGCCCUUUGGGGGAGCCGCAAACCUCACCGGGGACGUCUGCUCCAGGCUCUACUGCAUCACGGGCUGCCGGCUGACCACAAAUCGCAGCCUGUUCAGCCAAGCGGACGUAGUGGUGUUCCACCACCGGGAACUCCGCUAUGGGAGAUGGGACAUUCCACCAUCAAAGGCCCACCCUGGGCAAAACUGGGUGUGGGUCUCCCUGGAGUCUCCAAGCCACACCCAAGCCCUGGAGGGCUGGACGGGGGAUGAAUGGAACUGGGUCCUGUCGUACCGGCGGGAUGCCGACCUCUUCAUCCCCUAUGGGGAGCUGGUUCCCCGCUCAUCGGACGUGGUGGACAUCCCAGAAAAGACCGGCCUAGUGUCUUGGGUGGUCAGCAACUACCACCACAGCCAAGCAAGGGCGGCGAUGUACCGCAACCUGUCCAGGCACAUCAGGAUCGACGUGUUUGGGCGGGCAAGCCGGAAGCCGCUCUGCCCGGACUGCCUGCUGCCAACCAUCUCCAAGUACAAAUUCUACCUCGCCUUCGAGAACUCCGUCCACUGGGACUACAUCACAGAGAAGCUCUGGCGGAACGCCUUCCUCACCGGGUCCGUGCCCAUCGUCCUGGGCCCCUCCCGCGCCAACUACCAGCAGUUCAUCCCUGCCAGCGCCUUCAUCCACGUGGACGACUUUGGCUCGGCAGAGGAACUGGCCACUUUCUUGACCACCAUGAACGAAAGCCACUACCGGAGUUUCUUCGCCUGGAAGCAGAGCUACGUGGUCAGGCUGCACGACGACUGGCGUGAGCGGUUCUGCACCAUCUGCCGGCGGUACCCCAGCCUGCCCCAGAAGAAAGUCUACCCAGACUUGAAACGGUGGUUCUGGGGUUACUAGU